AUGGCAGCAUAUCCCAACAUCCAGUACAUGGCAGCAUAUCCCAACAUCCAGUACAUGGCAGCAUAUCUCAACAUCCAGUACAUGGCAGCAUAUCCCAACAUCCAGUACAUGGCAGCAUAUCCCAACAUCCAGUACAUGGCAGCAUAUCUCAACAUCCAGUACAUGGCAGCAUAUCCCAACAUCCAGUACAUGGCAGCAUAUCCCAACAUCCAGUACAUGGCAGCAUAUCCCAACAUCCAGUACAUGGCAGCAUAUCCCAACAUCCAGUACAUGGCAGCAUAUCCCAACAUCCAGUACAUGGCAGCAUAUCCCAACAUCCAGUACAUGGCAGCAUAUCCCAACAUCCAGUACAUGGCAGCAUAUCCCAACAUCCAGUACAUGGCAGCAUAUCCCAACAUUCAGUACAUGGCAGCAUAUCCCAACAUCCAGUACAUGGCAGCAUAUUCCAACAUCCAGUACAUGGCAGCAUAUUCCAACAUCCAGUACAUGGCAGCAUAUUCCAACAUCCAGUACAUGGCAGCAUAUCCCAACAUCCAGUACAUGGCAGCAUAUCCCAACAUUCAGUACAUGGCAGCAUAUUCCAACAUCCAGUACAUGGCAGUAUAUCCCAGCAUCCAGUACAUGGCAACAUAUCCCAGCAUCCAGUACAUGGCAGUAUAUCCCAGCAACCCAACAUCCAGUACAUGA